AUAGCGUAUCGUUUUAGUGUGUUGGAAGCGAAUAGUGAAGUGACAGCGGAAAUCGAAGAGUUAAAGAAGAAACAAAUCGCGUUAAGUGAUGAUUUGGCCAUGACGAUAAGUUGUUAUAAAGAGAAACAAGUGGAACGUAUGCGACAACUGGUUGACUAUACUGAAGAUGAGCAUGUUUUGGUGGCGAGAAGGUGA